CUGGAGGUAGUUCAGAGUCAGUGUUACACCGUGUGACAAGGUGUGUUGCUCGAUGGAAGGGCCCUUUGAAGGCACACAGCAGAGCAAGGGAUCGUUUCAGGUGAACUACUAACUUGUUGGGAAGAGGGCCAUCGUGGAUUUCUGGAAUUUCUUGGAAUUGAUUGCCACGGAACGUGUCCAAGAUGUGGGCCUCGAAUGCGUGAGAGAACGAGAGCUCCCAGUCUCAUUUGGUAUCAUUUUCUCACUGUGAAUUGAAACACACUGCAAGGUAUUCUCUAGUAUUCAACCCAAAAUGGUUUUGUGCAAUGCGCAGAUCGCUGUGUUCUUGACUUUGGUUGUGAUUCACGCCCAACAUGUUAGGGGUGAUUGUUUGAGUUGUGAUCCCGUACUGGAAUAUUGUGAUAGAUUCGAGAGCUCGUGCCGUUCCUGUGAGCAAUUGUGCCGUUCAGGGCGGGAAUUCAGUGAAUGCUCGACCAAGUGCAAUGCAUAUCUUCAAGAUAUGCUCCAAGGCUCGACCAACCUCACUCGUGGAGAGAUCCAAACCAUUCAAAUCUUACUAGGGGUCAUCACAGCCGUCUCCCUGAUCGUGCUGAUCCUAUUGAUCACUCUCAUUGUCCUGAAAUGUCAGCGGAAGAAGAGACAAGAGAAAGAGGUCAUUCCCAUGAGCCUGUUUCGAUCCUCUUCCCCGGCCUCGAUUCAUCCCGGAUCUCAUCGAACUACCACUCAAGGCAGUCCACCCACUCUAAAUGGGGGGCGGAGCAUGCAAACGGUUACGACCCAAUUGAGUGAAGUGGACAACAGUCACAAUGCUCUACCUCGACGAGCUCACAUGAAUGGAGGAUUGAGGGGAUCCCAUUCAUCGGUGAGUUACCGAACUCCCGGGCGCCUCCCAUCCGAGGAUUGUGUUCCAAUCGAAGAACAAGACAAUGGGUACGAUAACAGAGGAUUGGUGCCCUCGCCAACCACGCCUACUUCGCCAGGAAGUGGAAGUGCUCUCCCGCCAAUUAGUCGGCCAUCUUUGUCAAAAACGAACAAGAAUUUGUACACCAUAUCACAUUCUCAAGUGGUUUAGAGCCUGUUCGCCCGGCAAGAUUAGAGACACAAACACAAGCGGUGACUAAGUAGUGGAAGCAAACGUACAAAACCCAACGUUACAUAAAUACACUCACCAAACUAUGAAUCACGAAUAUAGCACAUCCACCAAAUGGAUUGUCAUUGAAUUCCUAUGUCUGUUUUUUUAAUGAAGUUUAUAAUGAAUUUCUCUGUGAAUUUGCCGAAGACGCUUAAAUAAAAGUGAACCCUCGGUCGA